AUGGUCAAACACAAUGGAAUUAAGGAUACUCUUACGAAUGUUCGCGAAAGAUAUUGGAUAAUACGUGGUCGUGAAUCCGUUAAGAAAUUGAUUCGGAGUUGUAAGGUUUGUUGUAAGUUCGAAGGAGCUCCGUAUAAUGGAGUUUCAUAUGCUGACCUGCCCAGUGAAAGAGUGCCCGAAGACCCGCCUUUCACUCAUGUCGGACUAGAUUUCGCAGGCCCCUUGUACGUUAUAGACGAGUUGUCGAAGGACCAAGACACGUUAAAGGUGUAUGUCUUGUUAUUGACAUGCGCUUCGACUCGAGCCGUGCAUUUAGACAUCACUCGUGGAUUAAGUGUCGAAGCGUUUUUGUUGUCAUUUCGAAGGUUUACGAGCCGUAGAGGACUACCAGCUACACUGAAUGCAGACAACGCGAAGACAUUUAAAUCGGCAUGUAAAGAGAUACGAAGUAUAACCCGAGCAGAAGAAGUUUGGAACUAUCUAGUAAACCGAAGAAUUACGUGGAGUUUCAUAAUAGAGAAGGCCCCUUGGUGGGUGGUUAUUGGGAGCGUCUUGUUCGUAGCAUGA